UACAGCAUUGGCAGGAGAACUUGAAUAUAGCAUAUGUGUACUUAAUUUGAGUGAAAGAGGACUUUCUGAUGACAGACUUAAUCAUUUAAUGAAUAUAGCUCCUCAGCAAUCUCUUAUUCUGCUCGAGGAUAUAGAUGCUGCUUUUAUUAGUCGUGAAGAAUCAAGUAAAGUCAAUAUAGCAUAUGAAGGAUUGAGUCAUGUAACACUCAGUGGUUUGCUAAACAUGUUAGAUGGAGUUGCUUCAUCUGAAGCAAGAAUAGUAUGCAUGACAACAAAUUUUAUUGACAGACUUGAUCCUGCAUUGAUACGACCUGGCCGCGUAGACGUCAAAGAAUACAUUGGGUUUGCAUCAGCUCAUCAGUUACGGUUAAUGUUUGAGAGAUUUUAUCCAUAUGAGAGUAAAGAAAGUGCUGAUAAGUUUGUUUCAACAGCAUUACAGACUAAUAAAGACAUUAGCAUGGCCAUGGUACAGGGAUUUUUUAUGUUUUAUAAAAAUGAUCCUAAAAAUGUAAUCAGUAAUAUUGAAAAGAUAUGGACUUUAUGACACUGAAGAAAAUAAAUUAUUCAAAUUAAAAGUUAAUAUAAAUUGUAAAUAAAGCUAUAUACUGUAAUGCAUCACAAGAGCUAUGAUUUUUAUAAAAUUUUAUAGUUACACACAGUGUGGGCCGAAGGUAAAUUUUUAGAAUAAGUUAAAGUAAAAACGUUUAAAAUACAUAAAAGAUUUCAUAAAUAUAAAAAUAGGAAAAUACUUGCAUUUAAUAGACAUUUAAAAGUAAAAUUCUUUAAUAUUUGCCAAUUUAUAUCGACUGUUAAGUUUUAGAAAUGUAGUCCAAAAGCAUUAGAACUUGAGGAUUAAUGUAAGUCUGAAAGCACUACUUGUUUUUCAAACUACAUUAAGGCAAAUAUUUUUCUGUUUUUAAAGGCGUUUAAGCACUGUUUACCUAAAAAUAAUUAAAUUCUUUAGUGUUUUUUUAUUUCGUUUUCUGAUACUUAUUACAAUACCUUUUAACUGAAUUGAGUUUUAAAAUUAAUUUAUCAUAAAAUUUUGCCUUGACAAUUCUAUAAAUUAGUCCUACCAUAAAUAGGAAAUCUUCCAAUUAUUAUGUUUCAUCAAGGUCACAUUCUAUGUGGUUAAAUGUGUAAAUAUUUUCUCAAGGUACUUUUGGCUCAUUCUGUAUAUAUAACUUAUAAUAGUACUGUACUUCAGUACAGUCGACCCCCCUAUAACACGGUAGAUACGUUCCGUUU